AUGGCUGCGCUAACCUGCUCCGUCGGUGACCUCCAGUCUCUUCUUGGCAAUGUCAAUGGCAGUGCCGCUGCUGAAUACAUAUGUGAACAUUUUGAUGCUAUUUCAAACAAGUUUGUUGACACCACCAAUGCUGUGGACAAAACCUACCUUCUCUUCUCUGCGUACAUGGUCUUUGCCAUGCAACUUGGCUUUGCCAUGCUAUGUGCUGGUUCUGUACGUGCCAAGAACACCAUGAACAUCAUGUUAACCAAUGUCCUUGAUGCUGCAACUGGUGGUAUCUUUUACUAUCUCUUUGGUUUUGCCUUGGCUUUUGGCACCCCAUCAAAUGGUUUCAUAGGGACACACUUCUUUGGCCUUGAGAAGUUCCCUUCUAAGGAUUUUGACUAUGCUUUCUUUCUUUUUCAAUGGGCUUUUGCCAUUGCAGCUGCUGGUAUCACCAGUGGUUCCAUUGCUGAGAGGACACAGUUUGUUGCAUAUUUGAUAUACUCUUCCUUCUUGACUGGUUUGGUUUACCCUGUUGUUUCUCAUUGGUUCUGGUCUGGUGAUGGUUUUGGAAGCCCUGCAAGGUCUAAAGAUUUGUUAUUUGGAACUGGGGUCAUUGAUUUUGCUGGUUCAGGUGUGGUGCACUUGGUUGGUGCAGUUGCUGGCUUCUGGGGUGCUUUCAUUGAAGGACCUCGUAUUGGAAGGUUUGAUCAUGAGGGAAGACCUGUGGCAAUGAGAGGACAUAGUGGUACUUUGGUUGUUUUGGGAACGUUCUUGUUGUGGUUUGGUUGGUAUGGAUUCAACCCUGGUUCGUUUCUUAACAUCUUGAAGGUGUAUGGUGAGAGUGGUUCUUACUAUGGGCAAUGGAGUGCUGUUGGGAGGACUGCAGUGACCACAACUCUUGCUGGAUGCUCAGCAGCAUUGACAACCCUCUUUGGAAAACGUUUACAAACUGGGCAUUGGAAUGUCACAGAUGUUUGCAAUGGUUUGCUUGGUGGGUUUGCUGCAAUCACUGCAGGGUGUUCUGUGGUGGAUCCAUGGGCAGCAAUUAUAUGUGGGUUUGUGGCUGCUUGGGUUCUCAUUGGAUGUAAUGUGUUAGCUGAGAAAUUCAAGUAUGAUGAUCCAUUGGAGGCUGUGCAACUUCAUGGUGGUUGUGGCUCUUGGGGGAUAAUCUUCACUGCAUUGUUUGCUAAUAAGCAGUAUGUGAAUGAGGUCUAUGGAGGGUUACCUGAUAGGCCACAUGGGUUGUUCAUGGGAGGAGGUGGAAAGCUUUUGGCUGCUCAUCUUAUUCAGAUUUUGGUGAUCAUAGCUUGGGUGAGUGUUACCAUGGGAACCUUGUUCUUUUUGUUGCACAAAUUGAAUCUACUGAGGAUCUCAGCUGAUGAGGAGAUGGCUGGAUUGGAUUUAACCAGCCAUGGUGGAUUGGCAUAUGUGUAUCAUCAUGAAGAGCUUGAGCUGGCCCAGAAACGUGCAUUUGGAGAAACAAAGACAGAUUCUUCUGCUGUUUGA